AUGGUUACUAUCGACCAGACGCGGACGUUCGUUCGGCGAGAUGUCGAGAGUCUGUUCCUCCGAAGCCACUUGGACACCCUUGAAGCCACUGAUGACGGAUUGGACGGAGAAAUCACCGAGUUUGCCGACCUUGAGACCUUGAUCGACCGAAAGUUGCUGCAAAUCGCUUCUUCAUGUCAGGAGGAGGAGGAGGAGGAGAAAGUCGGCACCAAUGAGCUCUACAUUCACUCGACGGUGUACGGGGGUUCUCUCAGGACGAGCCACCGGGGCUCCGUGCUUGAGAGCCAUGACGACUUCGUAUCGGCCAAGGUGAAGAGCAGCGUCUCUCAGGGCUCGUGGAUGUAUGAAGUCACUCUGCACACCGGCGGGCUCUCUCAGAUCGGCUGGGCAACCUCCCGGUGCAGGUUCACGAGCAUGAUAGGGGUGGGAGACACGCAGGGGUCCAUAGCCUAUGAUGGGCAUCGGACGUUCCGAUGGAACAACAAGAGUUUCGCUCAGUACGGACUGCCGUGGGCGUGCGGGGACGUCGUAGGAUGCUGCAUCGACCUGGACGCAGGUGUCGCAUCCUUCACGCUCAACGGGGUGAAUCUGGGAACCGCCUUCACCUCUCUGAGGAGGACGUGCUACAGUCCUGCCGUGAGUGUCGCGUACGGGGAGAAGAUCAGCGUCAACUUGGGGUCUAGCCCCUUCCAGUUCCCUCAGGCUGGCUUCAGGGCUCUCUGCAGGCAGCCGAGGACAAGUCUGCAGCAGCAGCACGACUACAUCUGGCGGUCAAGCAUGAAGUUCGCGCUCAGGAGCAUGAACCCGGCUUCCUGCUUCACUAGCGCGCAAGAGGCCUGUGCGACCUUGUACGAGGAUGCAUCGGACGAUGUUGAGGACUCGUCUAGGAGCAGGAGGCUGUGGAGGGCUGGCUCCUCCCCUUCGGACAUGUCGGUGCUCUUCAUGCACUUGCUCCUCUCCAAGAUCUUCAGCGGGAAGCUCGACUCACAUCACAUCACCUUCAGCGUCAGGAGAUACUUGUUCAAGCACCUCGUUGCCCUCUGCGCAAGGGAGCCCAACGGGCUUGGCGCUGCGGCCUACGUGAUAGGGUUGAUGUCUGUCCUGCUCUCUCCGCAGGACUCUAGAGUCCUCUGGCCUUCCUUGCUGGAAGUUUGCGCAGAGCAGGCAAGAUACAGCUCCUUGCGCUGGGGUACAGCUGGGGGGGUUCAGGGUGACAGACCGCUGGAGGUGACGGAGGCACAGACAUGCGAGUUCAGUCUUGCUAUCUUGUACAUCCUCCUCAGGAACAGGAUUACCCGGGAGGUCCUGAUGGGUCACGUCGAGAGUCUUUGUGCCAACCUUGAGGACGCGAUGUCGUACCGAGAAUUCUCUGAGACGUCGCUGGAGCACCUUCCGCCCAGCAAGAUUCUCUUUCAACUGAUGACCGACGAGGUUCACAAACUCGAGGUCACAUGGAAGGAGAUCUUUGAGCUGAUACCGCAAAGCAUCCGAUCCCGUUGGAUGCUGUCCCUUGUUGCCAGGAACAGACAAGCUGAGGCCUCCGUGGUUCCGCCAGGAGUCACGAGGACGUUCCUGUCGGUCAACACGUUCUUCAUCUUUCUUGCAAGGUCUCUAGACCAGCUCGACCAGACCAGUUGGACAGACAAGCUGUACCGGCUGGUGAACUUCUCUGACAAGAACGCGUUUUACCUGUAUGGAAACAUUCAUGUUGAUGUCUCGCUCUUGGGAGGGACAGUGCAGUAUGUCACUAGAACUUACGGAUCGAACGAUGACGUUGACGUGGAAGAAGACGAGGUUGUGUUAGAGUUUCGCCGCGUGCUGCUCUACUUUAUGUUUCGGAUUCAAAGCAAACUCCAGCAGGCGCUAUGUUCACAUCCUUUGUUCUGCGGCUCUGACGUUGGCGUCAUCAACCCUGUCUUCAUGGAGGCCCAGGAUCAAGACACUAUGAACCACAAGAAGAGUAUCGUGUGUUGUACCACUACCUUCUCUCCUCGGAACAGUCUGCUCAUCUUGCGAUUUUUCAACCUUCUGAUCGAUGCGCUGAACUCGCUCAUUCAGACUCGUCGUUCAUCGCUCUACUUCGUUCCUGAGGGCCUCCUGCUUGCUACUCUCAGCCUGAUGAUUGCUCUUGCCAAGGUCCAGGGAAAGCAGUUCUUCAAACGUCAAGGAGGAGCAGUUGAGACGGUCAUCAGAAUUCUAGUCGAGUGCAUCAGUGAUAGAAUGAUCAUCAACCCCGAUGUCAAGGCAAGCAUCUUGGCCGCCAUGUCUUUAGUGAUGAAACAUUCGGCUGAUCUCGAACUCUUCCAGACGGACAUGGACGGGCGGGCCGAGUGCCCAGGGGAGAAGUCGAGGACUUCACUCAAGUUCGAGCUGUUCCGAUCGCUGCUAGAGUCCUUUGACGACAAGAACUGGGUGCCAACGCUGAGAAUCUUGCGGGAGGUAUGGGAGGGAACUGCGAUGAGUCAGCGGUUGAAGACUUCUUCCUUUGCGAACCAUCACGACAAGAGCACGACAUUGGGGUUCGGCCAUGACAGCUGCAGCUCCCUAACAAGGUCGUUCGUUCACGUGGCCUCAAAGGCGGAUCAUCUGGAGACCUGGCAAAACGUGAUCGAUCGAAUUGUGACGAAGUUGAAUUGGUCAAUCUCAGAAGCGACUGGAACGGUGAACGAGAUUAGGAACAGCAACGCGAGAAUGCUUCUUCAAUCGUCAUACAUUGAACCUGAGAAUCGUGUCCUAGAGGCUCUUGAAAUUCAGAACUUGACGCUGCAAAAAAUGAGGAAAAUAGAGGUCAUGUCAGAGCUGUCGAGAGAUCUCCUUUUAGCGCUUGAAUUCUCUUGCAACUUCUUCCCGCAUGUGGUUUCCAGUCUAUCCGAUGUCAUGCUUCAGAGGGUUGUAGAUAGUCUUUUGCAUUUCCUUUCAUUUGUAGAUAACGAGUGUACAAUGUUUCAGAUGCAGUCUCUUAACAACGUCCCGGUCUUGCAAGAAAGAGACUUCAAGUCUCUGAGACAAAGCGACUUCCUUCUUCCCGUGUUGGGUUCGAUUUCAGCUUUACUCUUCAAUCAAACUACGUUCAAGUCCUCUCAAGUCCUUGACUUGGACUCUGUCUCUCAACGCAACCUGCUGGCCAUCGUGACAUCUGCAGCGUUUGUUUCUUCAAGAUUCGACAGGUUGUGCAAACUUUCGUGGAUCAAAGAAGACAAGUCCAUCCUGGGUAUCGCCCGGCACAAGCAUGUCGCUUACAGCAAGCAAGCUGUCGCCUACGUCGGGGACCUCAGCAAGAUCAUUCAGGACACUCUUUGUCGAGGCUCUAAAACAUCCUCCAUCGUUCACGUCGAGACUGUGGAUCGUCGAACGAUCCUCCAGCACCUUCACGUCUCUGGUGCCCUUGAUGAUCCCUUCAGCAGAACUCCGUUGAACGAGAGCAUGCUGGUCCCCAACGAGUCGUUGAGGAAGGAGAUCGAGAGCUGGCUGAUGUCGCACGGGCGACGUUGA